ACGUCUUCGCUGACAGUGACAAUACCAUGCGAUCUUUUUAAAAUAGCAGGAGUAUUUUAAAAUUUAAAAUAAUCAUCUAUUUUAUAUUUUUUUUAAUCAUGAGUGCCGUAAAGUUGAACGGGGAGCACAAAGUCAACGGAUCUGAUCUGAAGACACCCUUCUUAAUAGGAGUGGCCGGGGGCACAGCCAGUGGAAAGAGUACAGUAUGUAAGAGAAUAAUGGAAAAACUGGACCAAGUUGAAGUAGACCAGAAGCAGAGACAAGUAGUGUGUAUAUCUCAAGAUAGUUUUUAUAGGGAAUUGACCCCAUCGGAAAUUAUUAAAGCUGAAAAGGGGCAAUUUAAUUUUGAUCAUCCUGAUGCAUUUAAUGAAACCCUGAUGUAUGAAGUGUUGAUUGAUAUUUUGGCUGGCAAAAUGGUUCAGAUACCCACUUACGACUACAGGAAUCAUUCCUUGAGCAAAGACGAGAUUUUAACCAUAUACCCCGCAGAUGUAGUACUUUUCGAAGGCAUUUUAGUGUUUUAUUUUCCCGAAGUUAGAAAACUAUUUCACAUGAAACUUUUUGUAGAUACAGAUUCAGACACCAGGUUAGCUAGGAGAGUUCCCCGUGAUAUAAAUGAAAGAGGACGCGACCUGGAGCAAGUACUUAAUCAAUAUAUGAACUUCGUAAAACCUGCAUUUGAAGAAUUUUGUUCACCUACCAAAAAAUUUGCUGACGUUAUUAUACCUAGAGGUGCUGAUAACAGUGUGGCUAUUGACCUGAUAGUUCAGCACAUCAGAGACAUUUUACAUGGGAACCACCGACCAAACACAAACGGGUUUCACCAAAGGACCACAUCUACCGAUCGACUAUAAGAAAAACGCUUUUAUCGGCUAAUCAUUUAGCACCACCUUUAUACUACAGUCGCAGUAAAACGAUUAUCGUUCUUUGUCAUAUUUCUUUGUUAUUACGAUGGUUGUCUUUUUAGUGUUGCAUAUAGCCAUGGUGACAAAAAAUAUACAGACUUAAAGUACUUUAUUGCUUUUCAAAAUAUGUCCCACCAAGAUCGAUACACUUUUGUAUACGUUCAAACCAAUUGGUAAAACAGUUAUUCCAGUCUUCAGUUCUUCUUCUUUUUUUUUAUAUAGGCAGCACUGCCUGUUUUUCUUCAACGGUGCCUUUCAUUCUGUCCCUAAAUUGUCAUUCCAUCUUUUCCUUAGGCGUCCUAUACUUCUCCUGCCUAACGGUGACUUGUCCCUGGCUAUUCUUACUAUCCUUGAUUCAGACAUCCUGCUUAUCUGUUCAUUCCACUCUUCUUUUCUGUUCUUUACCCAGGUAUGUAUAUUGUCUACCCCACAUAUGCGUCUGAUUUCCUCACUUCUUACCCUAUCCUGUAGUCCUUUUCCAGCAAUCCUUCUUAAGAUCUUCAUUUCGUUGGUUUCCAGAUGUCUUCAUGUUUUGCUUGUAUCUGGUCUUGUUUCGGCCGUGUAAGUCAUAACUGGCCUAAUAACUGACAUAUAUUCGGGCCUUUGUUUCCAGUCUUAGGUGUUUGUUUUUCCAAAUUGUGCCAUUUAGGCAUCCGGCCGUUCUACUGGCUUUAAUUAUUUGGUUUUUUUACCUCUUCUUCGAUAUUAUUGUCGGCUGAUAGAUUAAUUCCCUGAUAUUUGAAAGUCAUUACUUGUUGUAUAAUUUGAUUUUCUAACUCCAAUUUGCAUCUUAUUGGUGCUUUGGCAAUUAAUAAGUUUUUUGUUUUUUGGGCUGAUAUUUUCAUAUUCAUUUCUUUUGCGUUAAUGUUGAACUCGAGCAAUAAUCUUUGUAGGCCGUCUUCGCACUCUGCUACUAACACGGUGUCAUCAGCGUAACAGAGUAUUUUUAUCUCUCUAUUGCCCAUUUUGUACCCUCUUUUUUUCUUCACUUGUUUUAUUAUUGCAUCCAAUAUUAUGUUAAACAGUAGAGGGCUUAUUGAAUCUCCUUGCCUGAGUCCUAUAUUUGUUUCUAUGGGUUCUGUUAUUAUUCCAUUGACUUUCAUUUCUAUUUUAUUUCUUACAUAUAUAUUUUCUAUCAGUUUUAUGAUAUCCAGUGGUAAAUUUUUGUAAUAUAGUAGGUGUAUCACUUCUUUUAAUUGGAUUCUAUCAAACGCUUUCUCUAGAUCUAUGAAACAGAAAAAGGCUGGUUUGUUAUAUUCUAAUGAUUUCUCCGCUAUUUGCUCUAUAGUUACUAGGGUCUGCCCUAUAACCUUUCUUAAAUAACGCUAUCAUUUGAGUGGUUCUCCAUUCUUCUGGAAUUCUUCCUGUAUUUAUUUAUUUAUUAUUUUACUUGUAAGGAUAUUCAGUUCUUUGUGAAGUCUAUCUCCUCCGUAUUUAAAAAGUUCAUUAGCUAUUCCAUCUUUCCCAGGAGCUUUCCGAUUUUUCAUCUUUUUUAAGGCGUUCUUUAUAUCUCCCUCUUUAAUUUCUGUUUACUCAUCCGAUUCUAAUCCUGGUGUUUCCAGUUCUUCGUGAUUAGCUGUUUGAUAGAGGUUUUUUUAGGUAAGUUGUCCAUGUAUUUGUAUCAAUAUAUUUUACUUCUAUCAAUUCCUUCAUCUCUGUUCUUUGACCUCUUAUCAUUUUCCACAUUUCCUUUUGCAUCCCAUAAAAGUCGUGCUCCAUCUCUUUUGAAAAUGCUUCCCAAUGUUCUGUUUUCUUCCUUCUUACUAUUGAGUUUAAUUCAUUUCGUACUCUUUUAUAUUUUUCAUAUGUUUGUCUCGUUCUUUUAGUCUUCAGUUGACGCUUGCAAAAUCGCUGUUUUAAAGGCAUCGUUGGCUUCUUCUGGCGACUGGCAUCGCUGCUCUCGCAUUGAAUUUAUGAUCUUUGGGAUCGUGAAGAAGUCGUUGGGACUUAGGUCUGGUUUGUACGGUGGAUAGUUUAAAAAUUCGAUGUUUUGAAGCUCAAAAAAUCUAUUGUCUUUUGGGCAGUGUGAACACUUGCAUUGUCCUCAUGUAGGAUAAUUCGCCGUUGUGUGUUGCUUUGUCGGAGUUUCCCGAUAACUUCUGGUAAACAAACGAUAAUAUACCAGUCAGAAUUUUCUUUUUUCUAAAGCAAUUGUUAUCACAUGACCAGUUUUUCACACAUUUGCUUUGUUGCAAUCAUUUUCUUUGACACACUUCGAGAACGGAUCACUGUUGUUAGUUUUUCCUUAUCGUGAAAUACCCACAUAGCAGGUUGGCAUUAUUUUCCGGUUCGUAGACGGUUUCGUAAACCUCCUGGAUGGCAUCGCGCUAAACCUCCAGCGCGACUUACCUGCUCUGUUCUCUUACAUUCAGUACAAUGUGUUUGUUUUACAUGGAUGUCGACAUCGACCGCGACCUCCACCUACACCGAGACCUACUUGUUCUGUUCUUACCCUAACAAUACUGUAAACUUUUUUUGAGCUUCCUUUGUUGAACCGUACCAAUGUUUUUCGACACCAAUUGAAGCGAACCGCUUUUUGAUCUUCUGUGACAAAAUGAGGGAUCCAACGGGAAAUCAACUUCGUAACACCUAGUUCUUCAUGUACGAUCUUUUGGAUCGAGGUCUUUGAAAUACCCAAAUAUGUCUCUAUCUCCCGGUAUGUUACAUGGCGGCCAUCCUUAAUUAGCUGACGAACCGCAUAAAUGUUUUGCUGUGCGACUACUGUUUUGGGUGGACCUAGCCUGGAUUCGUCGCUGAGACUGGAGCGACCACGUUGAAAUUCGCAAUACCAGCAGGAAAUAGUUGACUGGCGUGAUGCUUUUAUUCCCAAACACACAAACAAUUUCAGUGAAAUAUUGCUGUUGGGAUAAUCCUCUCAGAAAAUUGUAAACAAUUAUUGCUCGAAAAUGUUUUCGGCUAAGAUCCAGUUUCCACCUACUUGCUAAUUUCAAAAAUUCACUAUAUCUACAUGACUUUUUGUAUCGAAAUGAAACUCUGGAUUUAUGUCACCUAAAGAUUGAGGUUACAUUUGUGUCGGAAGGAUUUAUUGGUGACUCCCUCUAAGCGGCUAUAUGCAAAACUAAAAAGACAAACCUGGUAUAUUUCGUUAUUACCGCCAGAAAGCCGGUGUAUGACGUCAUUGGAUCUGUGACUUGUGACGAUUAUUAUUUUGCUGUAGCUGUAGAUUCCUAUUCCUAUUUAGACAAGGCGGAAACGGCGGGUUCGUUGGGAAAAAUAUUCCCAUGAGAUAUUUUUGCAUAAUCACAUUCGUGAGACAUCCCAGAAUAAGGUUCAAGAAGUCGCCCACGAGAAAAGUGGGCCAAUUUUUUUUUAACAAUUUUUUUUAAUCAAAUUGCAAAAAAUCAAUAUUUUUGGCCCGGACUAAUUUUUUUUUAGGUUUUUUGGACCAUUUUGAACAAAAAAGGUAUCUUAUAAUUUUUCUCUAAAGUUGAUCUUUUUCGAGUUAUAAGCAAGUUAAAAUUUGAAAAACGCGAAAAUGGCCAUUUUUAAGACUUAAUAACUCGGUCAAAAUUAUUAUUUUGAAAGUCAGAAAGUGACUAAAUCAAAGUUUAAAGUCGCCGAUACAUGAUCCUGAAGAAAUCUGUGUCAUUAAUUGACUACUAAGCUGUUAUUUUUAAUUAAUAACAAUGAGUGGUUAGAUCGUAUUGACGCUGAUGUAAAUGUGAGUGCGAGUAAGAUGCACAAUUGGACUGCUGGAAUGGCUUCUCUCUCGCACUCAGCAUUUAUAGCCCCGCACACGUGCAUGGAGCUAAUUAUUAUUACUUAAAAAUAACAGCUUAGUAAUAAAAUAAUGACAAAAAUUUCUUCAGUAUCUUGUAGGGGGGGCUUUAACCUUUGAUUUAGUCAUAUAUUGACUUUCAUAAUAAUAACUUUUAAACGAGUUAUUAAGCCUUGAAAAUCGCCAUUUUUCGUUUUUUUCAAUUUUAAAUUGCUUAUAAGUCGAAAACGAUCAACUUUAGAGAAAAAUUAUAAGAGACCUUUUUUGUCCAGAAUGGUCCAAAAAAUUAACGAAAAAAUUGUUUGGGCCAAAAAUAUUGAUUCUUACAAUUUGAUCAAAAAAAAAAUUGUUAAAAAAAAUUGGCCCACUUUUCACGUGGGCGACUUCUUGAACCUUAUUCUGGGAUGUCUCACGAAUGUGAUUAUACAAAAAAAUCUCAUGGGAAUAUUUUUCCCUUCGAACCCGCCGUUUUCGCCUUGUCUAAUUAUUAUUUUUUAUUAUUCCUAUUGUAUAUUAAGCAUUUAUUUUUAAAAUUUUAAAGAUCCUGAGUAUUGGGAUAGCGUUAUUACCAAGUAUUGUUUUUACUACAUACAUAGUUAAGUUUGUAUGGAUUUUUUUAUACAAGGGUCUUUUGAGAUUCAUCUAGUCUCAGUAAAAAAUUGCAUUUUUUUUAUUUGUCUCCUUUAUUUUUCAGCACUUUCGCCCAAGAAUCUAUAUAAGAUGCUUUUACAACAUUUUUUUAAAUUUCAGAACAGCCAAUAGUCACAAGGUGUUAAAUCCGUUGAAUACGGUGGUGUUUUGCGUGUGUAGCAGUUGAUUUGUGAGUGAUUCCGUUAUAUUGAUGAAACGUAAUUCUUGUGCAAGACAAACCAUUGCAUUUUUCCUCAACUUGUCGAAACUGUCCAAUAGAGUGGCAUAGUAUAUGCCACUUGGUGGUCUUAGCCGUGUGUAGUAGAUAUUCGUUGUUUUUUCUCCACUGCUUUUACUGUUUCUUAGAUCAAAUGAAUAGAGCAAACAGCCGCAGGUUGCCUGAAUGAAACAAUAUGGAGAAAUAAAAAUAUCGGGAAAGAAAUGAAAGGCAGAAUUUACAAAACAGUCAUCAGACCAAUAAUGCCAUGCGUGGAAGAAACACUACCUGACAGAGAGGACAAAAAUAAUGCUAGGAAGGGUAGAGAUAAAAACCCUUAGAGAAAUUGAUGGUAAGACAUUAAGUGACAGAGCUGUAAGUACAGAUAUACGACGGAGACGCAAGGUGGUGAACAUGAAGGACUGAGUAAGAAACAGAAUAGAAUGAAACGAUCAUAAGAGCCGAAUGACAACAAAUAGUAAGUAGUAAUAGUAGUAAAGACGACAAGAAACGAUUUCCCAAUAGGAAUACGAUCAGUGAGAAGGCCACGAAAACGAUGGAUCGGCAACUUACUGGAAAUUGAAAAAUAGACAGUCAUGUCUACACAAAAAGUAGAAGAAAAUCAAUUCUUCCGUUCCGUGCACGUAUCCCCUUUGCCCUGCUCUAUUUCUGAGCCUGGACGGACAUUCGUUUUUUCGUCUUCCCAAAAAACACAAAAAAGUUGAUUUUAUUCGACGUCUACUCAUACCAAAUUGUUAUCGUUGCUUGUAAUUUUGACAAACGUCUUGCUUUGAAUCACAGAUGUCCAUACCGAAAGCAAUGGGUUCUCGUAUAACGCCAUCUAUCGUAGACUAGAUACAUUUCAAACGACCCUCGUAUUUGUGUCAUUUUCAAUUAACAAUUAAUAAAAAGACUAAGUUUUCAAUCUAACGGCAUAUAAAACAACAUAAUGUUACUCUACAUCCCACCAGGCUGAAAACAAUGGGAACCUUCUCUGGUUACACUUCCGAGGCUUCUACAAUUUGCAAGCCAUAACGGAUGCUGAGAUUUACAAUUUUACAAUUUAUAAUUCACGUCCCAUCUGCUCAGCGCGGUAAAGUCCCAACGAGAAUGGUUCCCUUCGUACUCCAAUUAGAGUAAACAUGUAAAUAAAAAAUGAAUAACCAUUUUCAAUUUCGUUGCAAAACGAAAAUACAGCCGCAUCAUAUUCUAGUCCAAUCAGAGAGUGCAGCAAGCACCUCUAUCGGUUUCGAAACUUAUUAGUCUCUCAUCAGGAGGCACAUAAUAUGCUGCUCUUUGAUUCAACCAAAACAAACCCCGGCGUGCAGUCACGGAUUGCAACGAACGAAAUGGCAUAGAUGCCCUAGCGACGUGACUGCACGCCGGGGUUUGUUUUGGUUGAUUGAAUCAGAGAGAGCAGCAUAUGUGCCUCCUGAUGAGAGACUAAUAAGUUUCGAAACCGAUAGAGGUGCUUGCUGCACUCUCUGAUUGGACUAGAAUAUGAUGCGGCUGUAUUUUCGUUUUGCAACGAAAUUGAAAAUGGUUAUUCAUUUUUGAUUUACAUGUUUACUCUGAUUGGAGUACGAAGGGAACCAUUCUCGUUGGAACUUUACCGCGCUGAGCAGAUGGGACGUGAAUUAUAAAUUGUAAAAUUUCCCCAUCUUCCUUAAUCUCAGCAUCCGUUAUGGCUUGCAAAUUGUAGAAGCCUCGGAGGUGUAACCAGAGAAGGUUCCCAUUGUUUUCAGUCUGGUGGGAUGUAGAGUAACAUUAUGUUGUUUUAUAUGCCGUUAGAUUGAAAACUUAGUCUUUUGCUAGCAGUUGCCGCUAGGGCAUCUAUGCCAUUUCGUUCAUUGCAAUCCGUGACUGCACGCCGGGGUUUGUUUUGGUUGAAUCAGAGAGAGCAGCAUAUUAUGUGCCUCCUGAUGAGAGACUAAUAAGUUUCGAAACCGAUAGAGGUGCUUGCUGCACUCUCUGAUUGGACUAGAAUAUGAUGCGGCUGGUUAUUCAUUUUUGAUAAUAAUUAAUAAUUUGAUAUCAUUGUUUUUGGAAGUUAUAUGAAACUUUAGACAAAUCAUUCAUAAAACUAGGUAAAAUAGUUCAUUUAAAAUUUUAUUCGGAAACAGGGAGAAAAGAUUAAAAUUUUAAGGAAAAAUUUAAGUACCGUCAACUUACGACAAUGGUGGAGGAUGGUAUUUGUACAUAUCAGGCCUACACCUAGAACUUUAGUAGUUUGAUUGCUAAUUAUAUACCUCAAAUUGACUAAUGAAGAUCUGUAGAACUUGCGAAAUAGUGUCCAGAGUUUUAUUUUUUACAAAACAAAAAUUUAGCGGCAAUCUCCGUUUUACAACUUUUGUAUCUAAUAAUAAAGAUAAUAAAUACAUACCUACAAGUUUUACAACAUAAUAUAUUUAAGAUAAAGUAUAUCACAUUUCAAUUAUGUUAUAAAAACCAUACAUCACAUUUACGCUGGGACCUCCAGCUAUCUGAAAGAAGUCUUUCAGAUGUAUUAAGUGACUUUUUUAAAAUAGUGAAGCUGACAAAGCUACUCGUCUUAGAGUCUGACAGAUAGCCGAACGGCUAGGCUGACGUAUAGCAUCAACUUCCACCAAACUCAUGCCAGAAAAUAAAAGGGUUAACGUAGUAGUUAAAAUCUAAAUAGAUCUGUACUGAGACGCUAGAUCUGUUAGAAUGCGCUGGUGCAUCUGAUCGACAUAUGGAUGAGCAGUACAGCAACAUAUGGGGGCUUGUGGCUCGGUGUUAUUCACUCCAGAGAUCCUUAUAGAACAGGCGUGUACCUAAAAAACUGGAAUAUACUAAUAUACAUUUUUUAAAUAUGAUUUCUUUUUAUCCCAAAAUCACCAUUGAAACACACACAUCAUCACAUCGUAAUAUCAGUAUUUCAGAAUACGAUUCUUAGGGUAAAUGAAGACUGCCGUUUUUUGCACAAAAAGUCAAUUUUUUUUAACAGUUUUACAUGUCCAACAACCUUUUUUAUAUUAGAUAUAUGUAAUAAACUAAAAGAAACAUAAAAUGCUGAUGUAGUUAAAUAUUGUGAUAGUUUAGGUCUGUCAUUGCCAUUUGACUGGAUUUAAGGUAUCUAGAUAUUUUUUAAUUCAUACAGAUUGCCUUGGAAAGACUCAACUGGGAUUAUUGUACCAUUGAUGAUGAUGUAUUCCUAGGUAUUGUAACAAUAUAAUAGCUAAUGUAUAAUAAUGGAGUUACUACCUAUAUAAUAGGUGAUAAUUGUUCAACAGUAAAAUAAUAAUUGAUGGAUUCGACCCAGUGCCGGUUUAACCUAACUUCGGGCCCUGGGCACUGGAGGUUUAGGCCCCCUUCAUUGUUAUUCGUUGUCAGUUUUUUAACAAGAAAACACAUGUAUUAACUAUAAAGGUUUAUUGUAAAAUCCAUAAAAUAUUUUUUUAAACAAGCAAGAAGAAUAGCAAACGUAAAAAUAAUCCAAAACAUACAUUUAACAACAUAAAUAACAAACAGAAAGUUCCACAAAACAACACAUGACAAGCAAAAAACAUUCUAAAAAAUACAUAAAGACAAAAAUACAUAAAGACACUACCUGGGUAGUUUUUAAUCAAUGACAUGGCGAAAUCUGACAACUUUCUGUAGUUUUUGGAAAAGGACCCCGUCACAAACACUGACACGGGGGCUAGGCUACGACACUGUGUAGUGUGUAUAGGCGUGAAGAGAUGUAACAAUAGAACAAAGGCGUUUGCAGUGUAUUGGCGUAUCUGAGUAUGAGAUUUUUUCAGAGAAUAUGUAAAUUAUUUAGCGACUUUAUUUUUUUUAUAAUUAAAAGGAACGGGGCCCCCCGGGGCCCGGGCCCCUGGGCGCCCGCCCCAAGCGCCCAGUGGAUAAACCGGCACUGAUUCGACCGUUACUUGAUGGAAGUCCAUUUUAUCUAACAAUAAAACACUAAAAACGUUUGUUUUCUAUACUUCCACAAAAUUUAUUACAAAUAUUAGGUCUGGAUCCCGUGUAUGAAAAAAAAGUUGAUUAAUAGCAAGCUGAAAAGUUGUUAAUAGCUUAAGGGUGUCUAGUCGGACAAACUUUGAUAUAUGGGAACACUGGAACAGGGGAAGUUUUAAUUGUGGAACAGGUUAAAAAUUUGGAACAAUCAGACCACGAAAACGGCACAUGUAUUUUGUCCGACAGAACAGACUUAAAUUCUCCGAACAGAGAUUAAACUCUCAUGAAAAAAUCAGACUGCUAUUUAUCACCAAAUGGGCGUUUUAAUGAGUGGAACAUGUAGAAAUGUCAAAUGACAGGAAUUAUGACACGUGAUAAAUAGGAGUCUGACUUUUGCAUGAGAGUUUAAUCUCUGUUCGGAGAGUUUAAGUCUAUUCUGUCGGACAAAAUAAAUGUGCCGUUUUCGUGGUCUGACCGUUCCAAAUUUUUAACCUGUUCCACAAUUAAAACUGCCCCUGUUCCAGUGUUCCCAUAUAUCAAAGUUUAUCCGACUAGACACUCUUAAGCUAUUAACAAAUUUUCAGCUUGCUAUUAAUCAACUUUUUUUUCAUACGCGGGAUCCAGACCUAUAUGUGACUACAGCUGUUUCGGCAGAGUGCCUUUCUCAAGUGAUUUAGAUUACGACGGGUUUGCCUUUUUAAAAUGUUGCUAAUUGUUUGUCCGUUAUAGCCAUUGUUUACUGCUAUUUGUUUAAUGAUGUUCAGUUCUAUCUCGAAGUUAUUUUUUGACAUGGGAAUUUCUGUCAGUCUAUGUAUCAUGCUAUGGUAGGCUGCUAAUUUGUGUUGUGUAGGAUGGGAUGAUGAAUUAUGUAUAGUUGUGUCAGUAUGGGUAGGUUUAUGAUAUACGGAUUUCUGAUAGAGUUUCUCCGUAUAUCAUAAACCUACCCAUACUGAUAGACUAAGAGCUGCUAUAGGUGAAAUUUCUUAAUCAUUUUAGGCACAAUGGGACCCUAUAACUUAAAUAGUAGAACCUAAAAGAAAACGUUUAAACACUGUGCCGUCACUUUUCAGUGGCACGUGCGUCGACAGUGGCGCAUCAAACUUUCCACUUACGGACGGGAUAAAUAAAUUAAAAGUUAACAGAACUUACUAACAGAAUUAAAUUUUUUUUAUUUUUUUAAGUUCUAUGUGAUUAACACAUAGUAUUCAGCGUGAUUUUAACCCACCACCCCCUUCCCCCUGCCCCCACCAUUAAAAACUUUAUUUUUCGUUUUUAUUUUUUUUGGUGGGAUGCAAUCAAUUUUAAAAUUUCAAAAAAUUCACACGCAUAGUUGAGGCUUUUAUAAAACAUGCCUAUUUUUUAUAGACCCAUAGGUAGAGUGUACAUAACCUCAAAAAGUUAAAAGAAAUUUUUUUUUUUCAAAAAAUCAUAACUUUUUUUGAGGAAUAGCUGCAGGUCUAAUUUUUUCUUAAUCUUGUGUGUUUUAUCAAACACUAUAUUUUUAAUUUUUUUCAGAUUUUUCCGUAAGUCUCCCCACCUUCAAAAAUCCGAAAAUUGUUUUUUGGGGGGUUUUGGGGGAUUUUCCCUAUUUUAUACACUUCAUAAUAUAUCAAAUCAAUUUUGUUUUUAUAGGUUAUAUGUAACUUGAAGUAACUGAGUCCUUUAGAAUAUUUAAAAAUCAGAAAAACACGUUCAAACCCCCCAAAACCCCCUUAAAAACAGUUUUUUGGAUUUUUGAAGGUGACCAACGUUACAGAAAAAUCUGAAAAAAAUUAGAAAUAUAGUGUUUGAUAAAAUACACAAGACUAAGAAAAAAUUAGAUCUGCAGCUAUCCCCAAAAAAAAGUUAUAUACUUUAAAAAAAAAAAAAUUUUAAAGUUUUUUUGAGGUUAUGUACACUCAACCUACAGGUCUAUAAAAAAUGGACGUGUUUUAUAAAAGCCUUAACUAUGCGUGUGAAUUUUUUGAAAUUUUAAAAUUGAUUGCAUUCCACCAAAAAAAAAUAAAAUCGAAAAAUACAGUUUUUGAUGGUGGGGGUAGGGAGAAGGGGGUGGUGGGUUAAAAUUACGAUGAAUCUUAUGUCUUAAUCACAUAGAACUUAAAAAAAUGAAAACAAUUAAAUUCUGGUAAUGAGGGAGGGUAUUUUUUAAUUUAUGUAUCCCGUCCAUAAGUGGAAAGUUUGAUGCGCCACUGUAGACGCAUGUGCCACUGAAAAGUGACGGCACAGUGCUCAAACGUUUUCUUUUAGGUUCUACUAUUUAAAUUAUAGGGUCCCGUCGUGCCUAAAAUCAUUAAGAAUUUUCACCUAUAGCGGCUCUUAGUCUAUGAUACAACUAUACAUAAUUCAUCAUCCCAUCCUACACAACACAAAUUAGCAGCCUACCAUAGCAUGAUACAUAGACUGACAGAAAUUCCCAUGUCAAAAAAUAACUUCGAGAUAGAACUGAACAUCAUUAAACAAAUAGCAGUAAACAAUGGCUAUAACGAACAAACAAUUAACAACAUAUUAAACCAAAAACUCCAUAAGAAAGCCCUGAAAUUAGUCUAUCCACCACCACAGAAAGAACCCAGUACCUUCUGCUCUAUCACAUAUACUGGCAAGAUAACAACAAAAAUAGCCAGAUACAUAAAAAAGAAAGGAAUAACACCAGCUUUUAGAACUAAUAAUAACUUAAGCAAAUAUAUUAAGAACAAUAAGAGCCGAAAGAGAAAACAACUACAGAGUGGUGUUUACAAACUAACUUGUGGCGACUGUGCGAAAACUUACAUCGGUCAAACUGGCAGAACCUUUGACAAACGGAUAGCAGAACACAAAAGGGCUUUCAACAAUAGAAAAACAAACACUUCUACAUACGCACUUCACCUUCUAGAUCAUAAUCAUUCUUUUAAUGAACAGUUUCAAAUUCUGCAUAUUCAGAAUAAAGGCCUUAAGCUAUCUUUAUUAGAAUGUAUGGAAAUUAAUAAAUUGAAAAAUACAGAUAUAAUUCUGAAUGACCAACUCGAGACAAACAGCUACCCACUCCUCAACCUCUUCAGUUAAAGACUUUAAAAAAGGCAAACCCAUAGUAAUCUAAAUCACUUGAGAAAGUAACUCUGCCGAAACAGCUGUAGUCACAUAGUUGUAAUAAAUUUUGUAGAAGUAUAGAGAACAAAAGUUUUCAGUGUUUUAUUGUUAGUAAAGUGAUACUUCAGUUGUGUAAUUAUAAAAAGAUACUUAAGAUAGCAAUUUUAUUGUUGGGGCUUUGACUAGCUUUGUCUCAGGUGUAGAUACGUCUUUUCUUAAAUGUAGAAGCAGUGAGCUAGUCGAUGCCCCAACAAUAAAAUUGUCAUCUAAAGUGUCUUUUAUAGUUACACGACUGAGGUGUCAUUUUAUUGUUGAAGAAUUAAUAUAGGUAGUAACUCCAUUAUUAUACAUUGAUUGUUAUAUUGUUGCAAAUUGGUGUCCCACGUUGGGCGCCGAUGUUGAUGAUGUUCUACCAAUUUCAAUAUAUCUUCUGUCAUCCAUUUACUUUUCUUGAUUAAGUUACUUCUAUAUUCAUUAUUUGUGCAGAUUUCCUAAACCUGGUUUUUACAUAAUUCGAUAGUUCCUCUGGAUCUUUUAGUUGUUCUUUAUUCUUGGGACUUUUGUUUGUUUAAGUCCUUCGAUUGCAUAUUCUAUCUCUCUUCGUAGACCACAUAGAUUUUGGUGGAUUUUUGCCAACCCUGGUAUCUUAAAAAGUUACUAGCUCUGAAAUAACCAGCACCAACAACUUGUAGUAAAACCGAUUGGAAGUAAAUUUUUAUUUAUUUUUAUUAGAAUACAUGACUUGUCAAAAGAUGGUUUAAGGUUUCUUAUAUUUUAGUGGGCAUUGUAUUUUCAAACACACACAGUUCAUUUUUAAACCAAUACGACUGUUUCAUUUUGACGUUUGUGAUUUUACUCAUUUAAGACGACUGAGGGCCAGUAAUUAACAUUCUUUUAAAAUAAUUUUCGUCACUUUCGAAUGGAAUAUUAUAUAAAGUUACUCGAAUAGUAUUGCUUUGUCUUUCACUUGACCAUUUUUUACUUUUAUGUGAUAGUUAUUAUGAGAUGAUACUUUAAAUCCAGUCGAGUAGAGUAGAUAUGCCUUUAUAGUUGAUAUGUUUGGAUAUCGUGUUUAACAUUUAAUGAUAUAGAUCGAUAAAUGUAUUUGGUAAAUAUAUUUAAAAUUGCA